AUAUUAAUAAUAUAAUCUUUUUAAAUAUUAUUUAAUCUUCACGUCAUAUUAUUCUUACACAUAAAUACAUAAUUUAAUAAUUUACUCAAUUAUUAAUCUAAACUCCAAUGUUGUGAUAUAACUUACGUUUUAUGACUGUCUAGUAGUAAUAACUAGUAACUACGUACAUUUUGAUAUGAUUUUGACGAACGAAAGAUUUUUCGAUCGAAGUUUUAAUAAUUAGUCUGCCAAUAUUAUUACAGUUCGUUUUCAUUUGUCUAGACGAUUGAUUUGUGCGGGGACUUCUUUUGGUUUAUCAUUUAAAUAACCGAGUACAUCAAACACCACAAUGUCGUUUACAUUCACAGUGUUCACUUAUAUUGUGGCCAUGAUAUCAGAUGCAUUUUUAAUAUUUUUUUCAAUAUUUCAUGUUAUUGCAUUCGAUGAACUUAAAACUGAUAGCAAAAAUCCUAUAGACCAAUGUAACAGUCUAAAUCCAUUGGUGAUUCCUGAGUAUAUACUUCACUUUUUGUUCAAUCUUUUAUUUUUGUUUGGAGGCCAGUGGAUUUCAUUUGCUAUUAAUAUACCAUUAAUGGCUUAUCACAUUAAAAGAUAUCAAAGUAGACCAGUAAUGUCUGGCUUUGGUCUUUAUGAUCCUACCAGCAUUAUGAAUGCUGACAAAUUGCAUAAAUAUCAACGCGAGGGUUGGAUAAAACUAUCAUUUUAUCUGUUUUCAUUUUUCUAUUACUUAUAUGGAAUGAUACGAGCAUUGAUAACAGUAUAAAUCUAAGUCAUUUCAAGUAUUGGUUUCCGGUGUAUUUAUUCAUUUAUCAUCAGUAUCAAGCAGCUAUUUUAUUUUAUUUAAGUCUACCUUGGUAUAUCCGUAGGUACU